GUGCUUGGGAAGGAGCGCGCUACUGGCACAUCGCGACGAGAAAAGGUGAAACCUGCAGAAAAACCCCGUGACUUACGUACCUCGGUGAUAAAUACCAGGGCAGUAGCCAGCCUCCGUCACAGUGCGGGAGUACGAGAAUGCGCUUCGUAUGCACAGGGAAACUUUACGCAGCGCUUACCAGUGCCCGCUACCGAAACUCAGUUUGGAAAUAAAAGUAGAACACACAUUUGUAUCAUAAUAUAACACGCGCUUGUAACACAUACAUUUAAAACCAUAAAUUAACGUAGUUAGGCGACCGGUGACGCAACAGGCAGUUGGAAGUUUGCGCACUUUUUGUAAGUUGAAUGCUCCAGUUGCGCGUCUCAGAGAAAGGCGUACUCGGAAUUGAGAAGGGAUAUCAGUUGAGUUGAUAGGAACGGCUCAGAAAUCGAGUCGAACCCAAGGCUGUCCUCAUCCUGCCCAAGCUCCAACCGUAGCCACCCCUGACCUGCGGAUUCGAGUGAAACGGGUGAGAAUUUCGCGUUGAGAAACCAUGGAAACACGUAUGGGACCAAUGGGCAUGUUGCGGAGAACUAAGAACAACAUUCGGAAGGAAAAAGCUGUGCUUGCAUAGGCUCCCACGACAAAGAAGCUGACGCUCUCCUGUCCCCACUCGCUGCCCUCCUCCUCCUUCUCCAUCCCUGCCCCUCACCUCAUCAACUCAGUUACACUCCCCUGACAAUAUGGAGAUCUUAGACUUUGUGUCUCUUGCUGACAAACUCAACCACACAGCCUCCCCCGUAGUUGGCAGCUCUGUGGCCAAUGUCUCCACGAAUGGAUCUGGCACGACUGUGCCCUUCCAGAGCAGCAGUACCAUGGUGACGGCGGUGAUCUCCUUCACCGUGUUCAUCCUGGGCCUGACGGGCAACACGCUGGCCAUCUACGUCAUCCUGCGCUACGCCAAGAUGAAGACCGUCACCAACCUGUACAUCCUCAACCUGGCGGUGGCCGACGAGCUCUACAUCCUGGGCCUCCCCCUGAUCACCACGCAGAACGUGCUCUCCUAUUGGCCCUUCGGCUCCUUCCUCUGCCGCGUUGUCAUGACGGCCGACUCCAUCAACCAGUUCACCAGCAUCUUCUGCCUGACGGUCAUGAGCAUCGACCGCUACCUGGCCGUGGUCCGCCCCAUCCAGAGCGUCCGCUGGCGACGGCCACGGGUCGCCAAGAUCAUCAACGCCCUGGUGUGGACGCUGUCCAUCGUGGCCAUGCUGCCCGUCAUCAUCUUCUUAAAAGUUCAGGAUGAGCUGAACACCUGCAACUUAAGCUGGCCAGAGCCUCAGGAGAUCUGGUCCAUGGCCUUCAUCCUCUACACGGCCACCUUGGGGUUCUUCUGCCCCCUGCUGGUCAUCUGCAUGUGUUACCUGCUGAUCGUGUUCAAGGUGAAGUCGGCGCGGGUGCGGGCCGGCUUCACCACGCGCCGGCGGUCGGAGAGGAAGGUGACGCGCAUGGUGGUGAUCAUGGUGGUGGUCUUCGUCCUCUGCUGGCUGCCCUUCUUCUUCAUCAACAUGGUGAACCUGGUCUCCAUCCUGCCCGAGAACAACGUGACGGCCGGCGUCUACUUCUUCUCCGUCAUCCUCACCUACGUCAACAGCUGCGCCAACCCGCUGCUGUACGGCUUCCUGUCCGAGAACUUCAAGCAGAGCUUCCGCAGGGCGCUGUGCAUCAGCAGGACCGGCAGGCCGGAGAACGGGAACGCCACCACGCAGCAGACCAAGGAGACCAACACCAUCGUGCCCUUGAGGAACCACGACUUAAAAAACCACGUGCAGAACAGCCAGGUGCAGGGACCAUCUGAGGAACCACUGGCUAUUGACCAGUCAAAGUUAUGAGCUGCGCAGCCCAGAAGCAUCCUUCACCGGCUUGCCAACCUGACCUCUGACCUUAAACAAUGGUAAGCAGGAAGUGAAGACACUGAUCCACUUCCUGUAGGUUGCUGAGGUCUGCACAGACCCCUUUCCCCCCGGUGUUCAUUCACAAAUAACUUUGCUGUGAUGCCCCCCUGGCAGUGAUGUCUGCGAAAUGAGGAAGAAUUAGACAGACUUUGCGCCAAUCUUCAAGCGAAUGGAACAGAUAAAAAUGUGUUUGUAGAUAUCUCUCAAAUGUGCGUGGAUAUCUUCAUAUACAGUACAUAUGCGAUUCAAAGAAGACGCACUCACAGACACAAAUUUUGGUUUGCAUCUGGUAUGCAUGAUUCUCUCAAAAUGAACGAUGGUGUAAAAGUCACAGACUGAUUGUUGUUUCUGCUCAUGUGAGUGUGAAUUACGUUACAUCAUCUUUAUUUUCCUGACUUUGCGGCCUUUAUAAGCAUCAUCAUGAAGCUCCCUGCCCCUUCUCAAACAAAAUUUUAAUUUGAAAGACCCCGCAAUGUGGCGACACCCAUCGUCCCAAACCCUAAUGUAACAACGCAAAAUCACAUCCAUUGAGACCUUAGCAGACAGUGCCUUUUCUGUUGUUUCGGUGAAGUUUCUUGUCCAUUCUUGUCUUUUAUUUCUGGCAGUUACUGUACAUUCAAUGAAUGAAAGAAACUGCAUGUCUCACUGUGGUGUUUGGAAGUGCACGUCUCACUGCGGUGUUUGGAAGUGCACGUCUCGCUGCGGUGUUUGGAAGUGCACGUCUCACUGCGGUGUUUGGAAGUGCACGUCUCGCUGCGGUGUUUGGAAGUGCACGUCUCACUGCGGUGUUUGGAAGUGCACGUCUCACUGCGGUGUUUGGAAGUGCACGUCUCGCUGCGGUGUUUGGAGUCCCUGAGGUUAAAGCCGUGUGUCGCACCCCGUUUGUUCCUCGCCGAUGUUCACAGAACUUUUGCGUCUCGGCGCCCGCUGAGAGCCGUUAGCUGAGACGGCUACACCCGCGGCUCUGCUCAGGCUGCCCUCGCGGCCUGGCCGGUCUGUCAGACUGCCCUCGCGGCUUGGCCCGGUCCUGGCCGGUCUGUCAGACUGCCCUCGCGGCCUGGCCGGUCUGUCAGACUGCCCUCGCGGCCUGGCCGGUCUGUCAGACUGCCCUCAUGGCCUGGCCGGUCCUGGCCGGUCUUCAGAAGCCGCGGCAGAGCCGGCGAUCUUCUCACGCGGCGCCGCUUGUCGCCGUGAGGUCCUUGUUCUCUCUCUCACAUGCACAUUUUCUUCCCCAAGGACUUGGCUGGCUAAGGAUGGUCACAGAGACCUGUAGGGACAGGGCUGGUUCCUGCCCUACACAGGAUCAGACUUUCUAACAUAUCCCCCCCCCCCACGUGGCAUCGCUCUCCUAACAGUUUCAGUGCUCUGUUGUGCUUUGACUUUACAAUGUUACAUGUACCGCCUGUUCUGAUGUUCUCCUCCACGCUUGGAAUGCGUGCAUUCAUAAGGAGCAGACAUUAUAAACAGGUUAUGAAAUGCAUUUAUUCACACCGUUGUUGCGGUCAGUCGGCUGUGUUAAGUGGUGGUCGUUAUUGUUUUUCCUUUCUGUUGGAAUUAUUUCAAAAUCACAGUUUUGUGUCUUAGUUAUGUGAAUAUAAUGGGCCUUCUUUUUUUUUUUUCUUUUUUUAGUUAAAUUUGUUUUGUCUUGUCAAGCAUGUAUCGUGUGGGGAGAUGGACAAAGGACAGAAAUGUGAAGUUCAAAAGGCCAUGGUUGUUUUCUUCUACUAAAGUUGUGUGGAAUGUUCUUUGUGCAGAGAACUUUUUGAAUCCAUAAAUCUUCUGGCACAAAUAGUCACAUGCCUCUUUGUGAUGUGUGUGGCUACUGUGUUCUGUGUGUUUGUGGUUUAUGUGGAAAUUGUAAUAAAUGAAACCCACUCUGAAUGAAGUCGUGCUACAGUUGGGUAAAUCCACAUCCCACUUCUCCUAAUGAAUUUUAAUAUGUGUGGGGACUUGGAGUUGCCCGGUGUUCGCUCUUGGUCUUGCAUAUGUAAAUACUUUGAACAAGUGAGGCAAGUGUUGCUGUAUUUUUUUUACUUCUGUGGCAGAAUGUGUAUUUGUUUGUGUGUAUGUACAGUAUGUGUUUUGCGACAACCAACUUGUAGUAUAUGUUAGCAUGUAUAUGUGUGGAGAGAGUGUUUUAGUGGUUACGAAUAGGAUUCCAGAUUCAUACAUAAAUUUCAGUUACAGGGUGGAUUGCAGGGAUACCUUUGGCAAAUAUCUUUGGCGAAAAAUUUUGUUCUGCUUCAGUUUGAAUAAAAUUGUAAUGGACUAAAAAAUCACUGAGCAAAAUUCUCUCUGCUUUUAACAGUGGGUCUAAUUUUCUGCAAAUUAUAUGCAGUGCACAGAUGGGAGGCACGAGACGUGAG